AUGCCCAUGUCCUUUGGCAAGAAGCCCGCCAAAAAGACUGUCGCUUCACCCCGCGCCGACGCAGCCGCGCCCGUCUCGGCCGCGUCCUCGAGCACUCUAUCCGCCAGCGUGCUCGGCAAGCGGCCGGCGCAACCCUCGCCUGACGCCGAGGAGGACGAUGGUUUGACGCCAGAGGAGCGGCAUGCAAAUGCGGAGGCAGAACAGCGCGAUCGCGAGCGUCGUGCACAGGGCCUUGCCGACUCGGACGACGACAACGAUGACAGCGACGACGAUGUUGGUCCCCCACCACCGCCACCUGCUGCAUCCCACGCCCCACCUAAGCGGGACGUGCGGCUGCCACCACUGGAAAGCGUGACGACAUUCUCGGGCGUACACACCAAGACCCUCUCUGCGCUAGCAGUCGACUCGGCCGGGGCGCGCUUCGCCCUCGGCUCGUACGACUACACGCUGUCGCUGUACGACUAUGGCGGGAUGAACGCCUCGCUCUCGCCCUUUCGCACGUUCGAGCCGGGAGGAAGCGCUCCCGUUGUGGAUCUGUCGUUCUCGCGCGAUGCAGCGUCUCUGCUUGUAGUAAGCUCGACGAGUCAGGCCAAGGUGUACUCGCGCGAUGGGGCGCAGAUGGCAGAGUGUGCAAAGGGCGAUCCGUACCUGCGCGACAUGCGACACACCAACGGCCACGUAGCCUCUCUCACCGCCGGCGUCUUCCACCCCAACGACGCCAACCGGUUCGUCACCGCGGCGGAAGACAGUACGGUGCGCAUCUGGGACGUCGAAACUGCCCCGCGGAAGCAAGUCGACACGGUGGUGCUCAAAAGCAAAGCUAGGGGUACGCGCACGAAGGUCACUGCGCUCACAGUGACGCCCGACGAGCUAUUGGUCGCUGCGGCACGAGAUGGCAGCUUGAACUACUGGGAUCUGCGUGCGAAUCUCAAUGCGCGGCCGAGGGGGACGGUGGAGCAUGCGCAUGCGGCGGAUAGCGUCACGAGCAGUGUCGCCGUUCGCAGUGAUGGACGGACGCUGGCCACGCGUGGAGGGGAUGAUACGGUGAAACUGUGGGACUUGCGUUCGUUUCGAAGCCCGCUGGCGGUUCGCGAGGAUAUGCCGACCACUUCGCCCCACGCAAGUGUGCUGUUCGACCCGUAUGGCGGCGACACAGUUAUCGUGGGUACGGCUGACGAUGGUGGGCAACUGCGCGUGUUGUCGGCGGUGGAUAUUUCGACGCUGCACGUGCAUGCGGUUGCCAGUCCCGUUCGGAUGGUGUGGAAUGGCGCCACGGACCAUUUUUACGCCACGUCGCGAAGUGGCACACUGUCGGUGUUGCACUCUGCCCGCUCGACACGGGGCAUCACUUUGGCGCUUGCACGACCAGCCAAAGCGUCCAGCCAGGUUGAUUCAUACCCCGUUGACGUUGGGGAGGCAGGGAUGAGUGAGGCAGCCAAGCGACGCAAGCUCGCCAAGACUCGCCGCGAUGCAGCUGCUUCGCACAUGCCCCAACCGCCUGUCGCGGGCCCCGGAAGCGCAGGUCGGAUUGGGUCGGCUGCUAAUACCCAUCUCGUCCAGAGUCUGUAUAAGCAGCCUCAAGUGCACGAGGACCCGCGCGAGGCACUGCUGAAGUACGCCGACAAGGAGGCCAAGUUCACAAAGGCGUGGGAAAAGACGCAGCCCAAACCCAUCUACGACAAUCAGGAAGAUCAGACGCAGUAA